AUGGAGGAAGCUAUACUAGAUGAGGUUUAUACGAAAAUGGUUCUGGACAAUUCAGUGAUUCAGAUGGUUAAUGUUGAGGGCUUCUUAACAUUUCAUAGUGUUCGUGAGUUUCGGAACUCACCUACUCCACAAUUUUCUCGUAUUUGGAUGUUGGCAGCAUGGUUUGCCGGAGCGGAGGCGGCGAGGGUAGAAAAAAACCCAUUCACGGCGAAGGCAUCACUGAUCCAUUCCUGGAAUAACCAAAUCACCAGUGACAAGCUAAAACCCUGGUUUUUCCUCAACAACAAAGCCUCUCCACUAGACGCGGUGGAUUUGGCGACAUUUUCCAAAUUAGUAGCGGCAGAUGAAGAUCGGAGCUCCGCCACGUCAGCAAACCAUUUUCAAACUUUUUGUUCCAAAGCCAAUCUCCUUUGCAUCCCGGAAAUAUCCACGAGCCUCGUAAACAGCAACAUCAGGGACGCAAACUUUGUCUCGUACGGCACCGGCCGGAGCUUCACCAAUUACGGCACCAAACAGACCAAUGCGGGACAGAACUCAUUCAAGAAUUAUCCCAUGGAGCAAGGCGCCGCCAUCAACAGCUUCGGCCGGUACAGCCGGAGCACCAUCCGCCGCGACGACGUUUUCACCAACUACGCCCACCACGCCAACACUGGUGACCAAAAAUUCGAUAAUUACGGAUCGGCCGCCGACAGCGCCGGGAAGUUCAGCAACUACGGGAUCGACGACAAUGUCCCGGUUCUCCGGUUUAACUUGUAUUCCGUCAAUUCCGAACGACGGAAUCACAGCUUCACAAGCUACUCGAGUAACGCCAACGCCGGAGAACUAGAUUUCACGAGCUAUGCUCGGAACGCGAUAAAUUCCAGAAACGAUUUCAACGCCUACUCCAACGAGUCCAACGUCAUCCACACGAAUUUCACCAAUUACGGCUAA